ACGCGAGUCGGCAUGAAAAGGAAAGAGAGAGAAAAAGAAAGAAAAUGAGAGAAUGAAGAGAGAAAGAGACGCCGGUCUAACAUGGCAGACGUUGGCCGUGCAGGCGGAAAAACAUGCUCUCACGAGGAAAGAGUUUCGCGCGCGCGUAUUCUUGCUUACUCGCGUUAGAAAAAUUCAUUAUACACGCACACAUACACGUACAUAUAUAUAUAUAUACAUAUAUAUAUAUGUGUGUGUGUGUGCGUGUGUGUGUACGUAGGAUAUAUAAGUGAGAAAUAAAAUAAUGACAAGCGAAGAAGAAAAGGAAAAAUUGCGUUAUAUGUACUCACGCUCGUGCUUCAUCCAACUCGUAUUAUCAUCCCCUUGUGCGCGUGAGCACGCGCGCGUCUACAGUCAAGUAAUGUAGUGGUGGUGGUGGUGGUAGUAGUAGUAGAGUAGUAGUAGUGGUGGUGGUGGUCGUGAUGUAGUAGUAGUAACGAUGAUGAUGGUGGUGGUGCGGUGUAGUGGUUGGUAGUAGUGGUGGAGCCAGCACAACAGCAGCAAGUAGUAGCAGUAGUAAUAGUAUAGUAGUAGUAGUAGUAGAACGGACGAAGAAUGAAGUAAAAGAGCGAAGAGGAUGGAUUAGCAGGAAGAGAACGGCGGCAAGAAGUAAAAAUAGAAGAAGAAGAAGAAGAAGAAGAAGAAGAAUUUAGAAAAGAAAAAGGACAAACGAAAAAAAGGAAAAGAAACAAGCACCCACUGUUUGAGGUUAAUAAUCGAAGAGAACCAAGCAAUCGUUCGACUUGUGUUAGAAAAGCUCCGGAACUUCUUGUGCGUUAUGGAUGUAUCCGCGUUUUCCGAGGAUACGUUCGAUGCCAAAGAAUGGAUCAACAAAACGUUCAAAUCCACGGAAGCUCAAGAGAACAAGGAUGCAUUCGUCUCUUCCUUGGUCAUGAAGUUACAAUUAUACGUACAACAAGUUAACAGUGCAUUGGAGGAAACCAGUCAAUCGGUAUUGUCCAGCUUACCUAGAGUUCUAAGGGACAGUCAAUUAUUACAACAAGAAGCUUUGGCGUUAAAGGAAAAGAUGACUUCUGUUAAACAAGAGAUUGCCAAGGUAGAAGAAUGUACUGCAUCCUCUAUAGAAUCAUUAGAAAGACUCGAUAGAAUAAAGACUCAAUUGGAAACUGCUAAACGUGGCCUACACGAAGCUGAUAAUUGGAGCGCUUUAGCAAAUGAUGUAGAGGAAGUAUUUGAAUCGGGAGACAUAGAGGUCAUAGCUAGCAAGUUAUUUAGUAUGCAAAAGUCAUUAACCAUGCUCAUCAAUGUGGUAGAUUAUGAAGAUAAAAAGCUUCAAUUAGAAGGCUUAAAAAAUAGAUUAGAAGCAAUGGCCAGUCCUAAACUUGUUCAAGCCUUUAACACUGGAAAUUUAGAUCAGUCCAAAGUUUACGUGGAUAUUUUCAAUAAAAUGGAAAGAUUACCUCAACUUCUUAAAUAUUAUCACAAUUGUUUGAAAGUAUCAUUAGGACAGGAAUGGAGGCGAACUAUUGAAUUGGCACAAGAUGAGAAUCUAACGUAUUGGUUGCAUAGUUAUUAUGACAAACUUUUAUCUACUUGGCACGAACAAGUGAAAUGGUGCCAACAAGUGUUUCCUAAUACAUCCAGUGAAAUUCUUAUUAAUGUAUAUGCUGAUCUGUUAAGAAGUUUGGAUCCGAGCAUAUUAGAAUCGAUAGAAUCAUUAUUAAAACAAUAUUCCAAUGCUAUGCAGUUAUCAUUAUUGUUGGAACUUAAACAACUUACCAGACAUUUUGCAGUAAACAUUAGUGGAGCUAUAGAAACGUUGUCUUCGACAAAAUCAGUAAAUCGAAAUGUUUCUAAUAAUGAAACAGCGAGUAAUACAAAAACAUUUAAUCAAUAUGUAAUAUCUUUGGCGCAAGCAAUAUAUGCGCCAUAUGUUCCAUACGUGAUGAAGUAUAAAACUUACGAAGUUGCACAAUUAGAACAACAGCUCCAAUCUUUGGAUCUAUUACACGAUGAUCUAAGCGAUACUAUCAAUUCUCUAUCACUUAGCAUUCCAAGAGUCAUCGGAUAUGCUCACGAAGCAAAUAAACGUUGUAAAUUGUUUACCGAUGGCUGCGGCUAUCCAGGUUUACUUAAAGCGUUAAAUAUAUAUUUUGAUAAGUAUAUUAUUAAAUAUCAGGCAACUAUACGACAAUUAGAGAGGAAAAAGGUUAAACAAGAAGAUUGGAAUUUAUUUCAAAUGUGUCUUACCUUAAUGCAGAGUAUAGGAGAACUCUUGGGACAAGUGCACCUGUUUGAAAAAUCCUUAGUAAUCGAUAUAAUCGAAUCUAAUAAUAAAUUAUUAAGUCAUACGGCCGGACCUUUUAACCAAUAUAAAAAAUUGCUUCUCGAACCUGUUGGACAAACCGAAUUAGAACAACUUGUUGCUUCGUUUCAAAAAGAAGACAAAACUAUUCUUGAUUCAGUUAUAAAACCCAUUCACAAACUUUGCUCCGAUUUACAUCAUGCAACUUACGAAGUUAUUUUUGCACCCAUUUUUACCCAAUUACUCUCAGUUCAAAAAGCACCUGCUUGGUCAGAUGACAAUAAAAUGCAUCUUAGUACGGAUCUACCGGAUUAUAGCUUCGCACCUCAAGAAUAUAUCACGCAAGUUGGCCAAUAUCUAAUGACACUUCCUCAACAUUUAGAACCAUUUUUAUUAAGAGAUAAUCCGAGUUUAACAUUGGCAUUAAAAGCUGCCGAUCCUCAGUACGCUCAGGGAUCAACCGAAUCUGGUUUUACUGGCAUUUUAUUAGAUAUUAUUGCCAGAGGAACUUGCCAAAUGUUCCAUGAUCAAACAUUAGCCAUUGGCCGAUUAAGUUCUGUUGCUUGCAAGCAACUUGCUACUGAUAUAGAUUACGUUGGAAACGUUUUAGAGGAGCUUGGUCUUUCGUUAUCAGAGAAUCUGCAACAUAUGUCAUUGUUAUUACGAUUGCCGCCAGAGGAAUAUCAAAAUGGUAGCUCUGGUUGCAAUCCCCGGGUAGUAGCUGCGGUAAGACAAAUGAGAAACAUUACGUUGUCUGGGUGAAAUAAUGACUUUACUAUAUAUAAAAAAUAUUAAAAAACGUUAAAUUUAUAUAAUUUGUAUAAAAUAUCUUACCAUACAUAAUACAUUGACAAACGUAUUGAUAAUUACUAUUUUUGAUGCAAUCAAAAUAGUAUAUAUUACAUUCCAAAGAAAAAUUAUUUAUAUCAAAAUAAAGUAACAAAAUAUGCCAUUGAAGAUUAUUCUUCAUUAAUAUUUUACAAACAAAUGCUUUCAUAUCUAUUAACUAUAAUAUUUCUAUUUCUAUAAAAUAUAUGAAUAUAAUAUGUUUAUAAAAAUAUCAAUCAUAGCAAACAUUUUUAAUAGAUUAACAAUAAAUUAUUGCAUAUAGGUUGCACUCUUUGUUUCCCUUUUAAAACUUACUUUGUAUCAAUUUGAUGAUUGUUUCUAUUGCAUCAACAAUAAGUCUGAAAGGAAAAAAAGUGAUUUCUAAUUGUUAAUAUUAAUAUAGAAGAUAUAAACGUACUUCGAAUAAAAUACCUAUUAUGGACAGUAAGAUCACAUCGUUUUUCAUAUUCUAACUUGAUAACGUGCGUAAUGUUUCGAAGUUUUUUCAUGGAUUUAAUUGGCAAGUUAAACAUAUCAUUUAUUAUCAAUAACGUAGAAAGUAUAUCAAUCUGCAAUAUGCAAUAAAUAUUUUGACGAAAUGAUUUGAAAAUGUCAUAAAAAAUAUCUGAAAUAAAUACUUACUUCAUUGUAGUGUAUUACAGCUUGUUUUAUAGCAAAAAAGCAUGCAUCUUGAUAUUUCCUUAAGUAUAACGUAUUUUUUAAAAUCUUCUCUGCGAGAUAUGGAAAUUUAAUUUUCAAUAUAUCUGCAGAAUUGUUUCCAGCGUUAUCAAUAAUUUCUUUACUUAUAUCAUUGAUACCAGUAUUUAAUAUAAUAGUUAAGUACGUAGCAUGCAUCUUUUGAUCAUCGUACGUAGAUACGAUCGUUUCAAAAUAUUUUUCUAUUAGCAACGUUAAAAUUUUUAAAUUCUAAAACAAAUAAUUGAGUUAAAUGAGUGAAAUAAUAUAUAUGCGAAAGAACGCGAAGAGUAUUACUAAUAAAUCCAUUAAAAAAUUAUUAUCUUACAUUUGUAUAUGCAAUUAUAAUAUCUUCGGAGUAUUCAUUUAAAGAUAUCAUUACAGCACAUAAGAACUUUGGUAGAAUAGUAUUUAGUAAAUUAGAAUCUUCAUUAUAAUAUUGAGUUUUAUUAAAGUGCAAUAGAGCAAUGAUCGCUUUCAAAGCGUCAUGGAUAAAAAUGAUGCCGACGGAUGAAGAAAUAGAUUUGAAAUACAGAAUUAUUAUUUUACAACAUAUCUUUGUAGACAGUUGGCAUUCUUUUAUCAUAGAAUUGCAUACGUUAAAAACUAUCUUCAAUAUAUUAAUUGGAAAUUGAUGUUUCUUAUGUUCUUCCAUUGUAGGCAUUUUAGGUAUCACCUUCCUAUACAAAUUUAAAUUACGUUAUUAUUUAUAUGAAUUUAACAUGAAAAUUGUUAUAUGAACAUUUAUAUUCAUACUCUUCGAUCCAUGAUAAUAUAUCUUGAAGACAUUCUGAAAUAUCGUAAACGUCAAUUUUCAAUAGUAUAUAUAUCAUCGAUAAAUAAUCCUUGAAAAGACCAAUCAAAACUUGUUCCUUCAUUAUGUUACUUAAUUCGUUUGAACGUGUCAAUCUAUUUUCCAUGUGAUAUUGUAUCACACGCAAUUCUUUCCAAGCAUUCACUAAAUCUUCAUAAUAUAUAGUCAAUAAUUUUUCUUGGAAAUCAAUAUUCAAUAAUUGUUUGAGUAUUUCUACGGUCAAUAUAAGUGUCUUUUCUUGUUCUUUUAUAAACAAAUCAUUACUAUUUUCCUAUAUGAAAGAGAAAAAAGAAAAUACUUGUACUUACUAGCUCUUUAAAGGAUUAUAGGAUCGUAGGAUAGUACUAACUUGAUUAUACUCUAUCGUUGUAUUUGUAAAUUUUGUUAUCAAUUCUUUUAAUAACGUAAAGACUAUAUCCAUUUUCUCCCAUUUCAUUAACGUGUAUAAAAUUGUGAUUAUCAUCUCAUUGGAAAUAUUACGAUUAGAUAAUUGUUCCACAAUGGUUUCACAUAUAUUGUUUGCAUUGGUCAUCAUAGUAACGGGUAAAAAUGAAAGUAAGAAUAACGUAGAUUCAUUCAAAGAUAAUUUCUAAAACAAUUUCGCUUUACUUAUAAAGUUAUUUUUUUUUAUUUUUAGUUAAAAACAUUAUUCUUCAUACCUGUAUUCUAUAUGAACAUAAAAUUUGUGGCAGUAUGCUUGUACAGAUCCUUCGUAAGUCCCUUCCCUCUUCUUUGUCAAAAUAUUCUUUCGUAACAUUAUUUUUGUUUACAUAUAAUAUUACAGCAACUACCUCAAGCAAUAUAUUAAUUGAUUCGCAUGUGUUAAUUUCUUGUUUAAUUAUAUCUUUGGUAGAGUUUGCUGAAGAAACAGAAAAUAUUAUUAAUUUAGCAAUUUUAUAUUGGCUAGAAAGUAAAAUUGUCAAAUUAAUACUAAAUACCAUUAUGUGAUUUAUCGUUAUUCCUUUUAAAUCUUUUACUACAUUUAUUGCUUGUUUCAUCAUCUGCUAAUAAACAGCAUGCUUGUCUUUCAAUAGUCAGUAAUAUAAUAUUUAUAAGUUUAGAAGCAUUAUCCCAAUUAAUGAUAUACUUUGAAUGAAAAAAAAACUUUCUUGUUGCCGUAAUAUUCUUCAUUCCUAUAUUUAUGAUUUCUUGUGUGGCAUUGCCAUUACUUAUAUCAUGUGGUUGUAUUCGCAAACAUAGUAAUUUUAUUAAUUGCUGUAAUAAUUUGGACUCAUUGGUAUCCUAAAUAAAAAUGGUAAAAUUUACUAAGAGUAUAUAUAUAUAUAUAUAUAUAUUUUUUUUCUUUUCUUUUAGCUGCUUCGAAUAUAAAUGAUCGAUUUAUUUAUAUCCGAAUUGAUUUACCUCUAUGCAUUUCAAUAAAGUAGUUAAUGCAACAAUAUCCCAAACUAAAAUGCCAAUCUGAUUUUGAAGAUAUACGAUAAGUUUAGUAAAACAUUUGAUAACAUCUAUGUCUGCUGCGUAAUAUAUUUGAUUGACAAAGUUAUUUAUAAAACUUUUUACACUUGUAUGAGAGUGUUUAUUAGACACCAUUUGUUUGAUACCAUUUAGGAUACUUAUUUUAAUUUCUGAAGAAGAUUUGCUUUUCAUAUGACAUGAUAAAAUAUUUAACCAAUUUUUAAUUAUAUUAGCAGGUAUAUGCUUCCAAUGAGACUCCAAUAUUUUAUAAGUACCCUGCAAUGUAGAAAUAUAUCUAUAACUAUUAUAAAUUAUUAUUUUAUAUCAAGGAAUCAAUAUAUAUGUAAUAAUUAUGUACAUUUAUAGCUAUUAGACACACUUGCUGAUUGGAAUCUUUCAAAAGGUAUGAAAUAGCUUUUGAAUAUUGUUUCAUGUUAUUUUCAUUUUGCAUCAAAUGUUUCGAUUCCACAGAAUAAAUAAUAAAUAGAAUUUCAGCUGCGUUGCAUCUGACGCAUGAUCCAGAAGCCUGAAAUAAAAUUAACCCAUAGGUAUAAUUGUUCCAAUAUUAUAUCAAAAUUAUAUUGUUA